AUGGCUCAAAUCCGGUCCAUGGAAGCCCGCGUUGGGCGAAAAAACCAACGCUACGGCUCAAAAGGCGAGAGACUGGUAGCCGGCGUCGUUCCUAUUUCCGCCGACAAGACCAAAGUCCUCAUGAUCCAGUCCGCAGGUCCCGGAGGCUGGGUGCUCCCCAAGGGUGGAUGGGAGCUUGAUGAAAAAACCCCUGAGCAGGCCGCGUGUCGCGAGGCUUGGGAGGAAGCUGGUGUCAUAUGCAUCGUGAGCAGAGAUCUGGGACUUAUCCCAGAUAUGAGGCCGUCCGGCCAUCUGACGGUGCAAGCGCCCAAAGCUUCAUACCAAUUUUUUGAAGUCACUGUCGAGCGCGAGGAAACCGAGUGGCCUGAGAUGCACAAGCGGAAACGCCAAUGGGUUCCGUACGCACAGGCGGCCACUGCCCUCGCAAACCGGCCCGAGUUGCUUGAAGCGUUGAAUCGCAGCUCGUUGAAGCGAUAG